AUGUCUACCAAAAGUGAGGAAAAUGCUUUGCGGUAUAGAAGAGCGCAAAGUGUCACAAAAGCAGAGGAGAUUACAGAAAAGGAAAAGAAAGCAAGAAAUUCUCAGUUAGAUAAACCUUGCCAUAAACCUAGAGAUUCCCUUUUUUCAUGGAGUUCAGAAUUUGCCAAUUUUACUGGAUUAGUUAAUUGGGGUUUCCUAAUGUUGACAAUAGGAGGACUUCGUUUGUGCCUAGAAAACUUUUUAAAGUAUGGCAUUCGGGUGAAUCCAUUUGAGUGGAUCAUUGUUCUUACUGGCUACAAUGAGGGUCAUAAUCAUCAAUAUCCUUCCGUUAUAUUACUAAUUUUUAGUGUUGUUCCUGCUGUCAUAAGUUUAUUAAUUGAAAAAGCAAUAGCAGUUGAGAUAUUGUCACAAAAGUUUGGCAUAACUCUUCAAAUUAUUAAUAUACUCACAGAGAUCUCUUUACCUGUUAUUGUGCUGUACUUUAAAGGUCCAGACUUUAGCUUUGUGGGGAUUACGACUGUUUGCAUGAUAUAUUUAGUGCUAUUUCUUAAACUAUGGAGCUACUGUCAAACAAAUCAUUGGUGCAGACAGGGGAUGAAAAGUAAGCAGUACAAAAACACAUUGCGUCGCCAAAGCUUAUCUGCACCUAAUUGGAAUGAACUCGUAAACACGGAACAAGAGCAAAACCUAGAAGAUGAGAAAAACGACAAGGCAUGGUCUGGUUUAGUCAAAUAUCCAGAUAAUUUGAACCUUAAAGACCUGUUUUACUUUUUAUUGGCACCCACCCUUUGCUACGAACUGAAUUUCCCACGCACCACUCGAAUCAGGAAAAGAUUUCUUAUAAAAAGGAUAGUUGAAGUGGUGUUCGGUAUAAAUUUAGUUUUGGCGUUGUUCCAACAAUGGAUGAUCCCAUCAGUGAGAAACUCUGUGGACCCCUUCUCCCAAAUGAACAUUGUGAAGAUGACAGAACGUUUAUUGAAGCUCGCAGUUCCUAACCAUCUUAUCUGGCUGUGCUUCUUCUACCUGAGUUUCCACUCGUUCCUCAACUUGAUGGGCGAGCUGAUGCACUUCGCGGACCGCAAGUUCUACGGGGACUGGUGGAACUCUAACAACAUCGCCGUGUUCUGGAGCACCUGGAACCUGCCCGUGCACGUGUGGGCGGUGCGUCACGUGUACAUACCUAUCACGGAGAUGGGCUAUAGUAAAUCAUCUGCUAGUAUUGUCGUCUUCUUCAUAUCUGCUUUCUUUCAUGAGUACCUGGUGAGCGUCCCGCUGCAAAUGUUCCGUAUCUGGGCGUUCCUGGGCAUGAUGGCGCAGCCGCCGCUGUCGGUGGUGUCGCGCGCGGCGCAGCGGCGGCUGGGCGCGCGCUGGGGCAACCUGCUCGUGUGGAGCUCGCUCAUCCUCGGCCAGCCGCUCGCCAUCAUGAUGUACUACCACGACUACGCGCUCGCGCACCUCGCCACCGCCGCCGCCCGC